CCGCGGUCGCUAUGCCUUCUCAGUGAGAGAGAUAGAGAGAGAGAGAGAGAGUGGGAAGGGGGGAGCCUGAAAAAGAGAGAGGGAUAGAGGAGAAGCUUGGUUUUCCUGCGCUGCGCCUGGUCUGUUUGCGUGAGGAGGGGCAGCUGCAGAAGAGACAGGGGAGGCUGUAUCAGCGUGUGUGCUGGCGCUGGCUGAUCAUUGGCUUUGCACUCGCUGAACCUGCGCGCAUCGCUCCCUAUCGGAUGGAUUUGGAGGCAGAGAGUCGUUGAGGGGGAGGGCUCUCCUAACAGCCGGGAACUGUUGACAUGCUCAGUGUCUGACACGCUUGCCUGACACGCUUGGAGGACACGAGGUGGAGAGAGGCGUGAUGGCUGGACGCUCCUGGGCAGCCAUCUCCAGAUCAUCGAGCGUCUCCCUCUCUGCCGGCCUUCUCCCCUGACCAGAGCUGUUCACUGUCCUCCACAUCUCCACACUGCCGCUCCCGCUGACAGAAGACAAGACGCCGCUGUCAAAACAAACGCCAGGCCCGCGAUUGCUGGGAACCUCUGAUCUGGACUGCAGAGCUUGGAGACGGCGUUAGUCUACACGGAGGACUUUUGAAUUUGGAGACGUUGCGUUUUGAAUGGACCUCAUGUUUUAGAUUGCUGGUUGGCGAAGGGGCUAUGUAUUGUUGUAAUUUCUUUGCUUCGUUUUGAGCCAGCGAAGAUGAACAGCUACCACAGGAGCCCAGGCAGCAGCACUACAGAAAUAAGGUCAAGUGAAUGAUUGCUGAGGUGACAGACAAGACACCGCGAGGAAGUCUCAGUUAAGUACAUGUUGUCAGAUGUUGCCAUUUUGGAGGAAUGGAUUUAAAUAUUAAGAUCUUUACGGUGAAUCUUCCCCUUUUUUAGACGAAUGACAGACUUCUCAUAUUUUAAAUAGAGCAAACAGGAGACGGCUAUGACGCUAACGUCUGCUCUGUUUUGCAUUCUGAGGGAAAGCGUUUCUCCUCCACUAAGCUUGUCCAAUCUGUCCAGCCACCAUGCUCGCUUGACAGUCCGUCUCUAAAAAGCUGUGGUUGAACUGGAAGUUGCUGAUGUCUCUCUGAAUGGUUUCAUCUGUCUAUGGUGAGUCGUCUGAAGCCUGAUCCCAUGAGUGGAACCGGCACACUGCAACAACGCACCACCUACCUCAUCUCUCUCACCCUGGUCAAGAGAGAGCCUGUGGAGGAGGAUGGAGGACUCCCCCAAGACAGAGGAGCCGGGGCUGGGGUGGGACCUGGAGCCGCUGGGGAGGCAGGCGGGCACCAGGGACAGCCCUCCAGAUCCCAGUUCCAUCAGGGGACCGCAGGGUUUGUGGAGCAAGAAGGAUUUGGUGAGCCCGAGGACAGCGAGGGGAAAUCUCCCUGUUCCUUGAAAGACAGUGUGCCAGGCGUGGGCGGUGAGCUCACCGUAGGGAGUGAGAAGUUACCGUUCACUGGGAAUCUUAUCCCCCCGACCGCUGUUGAGAGCUCGAAGUUGCAGUCUCCUGUAGGAAUAGAUAAAGAGGAGAUAGAGGUAACCCUAGGGAGCGUCUCCGAAGAAAGAACCCACAUCACGACCAUGACAGGGCACACGCCAUCAGCCUGUGUGGACAUGGGGGCUCCCCACACCCCGACACGGAGCAGCAUCCCUGUACGAGUGGGCCAGCGCCCCGCAACCCUCCUGAAGGCCCACAGCAGUGCCGUCAGCCGCCGGGACACCAAGGAGCGCAGCCCCACUUCAUCCCAGAGCCUGGACCGCAAUGAGGGUCGUGUCCAAACCCGCUCCCCAGGCCCCUGCAGGGCCUCCUGGGCCGAGAGUGAGGGAAGGUCCAGGACACGCAUCGGGAGGGAUGAGGUCGGAUCUCAGGAGGCGGGAACGCGAGCCGGGGGACGAGAUCAUCCCAGGAAAGAUAGGCUGAAGACGGGUUCAGAAUCUCUACCUGGCCCCGUCAGCCUGGUCCCCAAGCCCCCGCGCAAAGGCAAGAGCUGCACCCUGGACAACAGUGACCUGAACAGCCUGACAGAGGACCUGAGCAUGGGAAGGGAGAGCCAGACCCAGCAAGGCCAAGCUCAGCGGACCUCUGCUAAAGACAGGAAGAUGUUGAAGUUCAUCAGUGGGAUUUUCACCAAGAGCAGCUCGACGUCCUCGGGGUCCUCCACGGUUCCUCCUGUCUAUAGUAUACAGAGAGAGUCCAGUGAGGAGGAAGCGGCGAUUGCCAACAGUCAGGAGUGGACCCUGACUCGCUCCAUCCCAGAGCUGCGUCUGGGGGUUCUGGGGAGUCUGCGCAGUGGCAAGUCCGCACUGGUGCACAGAUACAUCACCGGCAGCUACCUUCCGCACGAGAAACCCGACGGUGGGAAGUACAAGAAGGAAGUGCUUGUUGAAGGACAAAGUCAUCUGUUACUGGUCAGGGAGGAGGCGGGGCCUCCUGACGCACAGUUCAGUAGCUGGGUGGAUGCGAUCAUCUUGGUGUUCAGCCUGGAGAAUGAGGCCAGUUUCCAGGAGGUCUACCAGUUCUUCAGCCAGCUGAACACACAUCGCAGCACAGCCGACAUCCCACUCAUCGUGGUGGGCACCCAAGACAAGAUCAGCAGUACCAACCCUCGUGUGAUUGAGGACAUCCGAGCCAGGAAGCUGUGUGUGGAUGUGCGCCACUCUGUGUUCUAUGAGACGUGUGCUACGUAUGGACUCAAUGUGGACCGGGUCUUUACUGAGGCUGCCCAGAGGAUGGUGGCUCAGAGGAAGCAGGCAGUCCUCCUGGCCUCCUGCAAGUCCCUGCCCAACUCCCCCAGCCACUCCGGGCUCUCCACCCCAGGUUCAGCCUCCUUCCCUGGGCAGACCAUAAACGGAUGCCAGAGUAAUGAUCACCCCUCCUCACUGCCCUCCACCCCGGUGGUUGGUCACAAAGAGCUCCGGGGCGGGGCGGGGGGGAGAGGGGGGCAGCGGGGGGCCUCGGGCUCUCUCAGAAACAUCCCUCGCAGGCGCACCUCUCUUUUCGCGAACCGGCGGGGCAGCGACACAGAGAAGAGAGCAGCUGACCCCAGGGGGGAUGUGGCUAGUGGACGGGCCAUCAAACAGAGCAUCCUGUGGAAGCGGAGUGGCAGCUCUCUGAACAAGGAGUGGAAGAAGAAGUACGUCACGCUGUUGAACAACGGUACCCUCCGCUACCACUCCAGCUUCAACGACUACAUGCAGAAUGCCCAUGGGAAGGAGAUAGACCUGCUGCGUGUCACAGUGAAGGUUCCAGGGAAACGCCCACCCAGAGCUGUCACCCCUGCUGGCCCCGCCCCUGGCGUUAACGGGGUAGUCAAAGAUGGAUCAGCUGGCACCAGCACCAGCACCACAGCAGGCCCCCUGUCGGCUGAUGAAGGUGCGGGGGCCCUGUCCCCCCAGGGAGAGAGAGGUGUCCAACGCUGCCCCUCCUCUCUCUCCAACAAGGCAUUCAGUGUCGAUGCUCUUGAGGGGUCACCCAAUCCCCCUUUUGGAAAAGACCCUGGUCAGUCCUCACCGAUGAGUGACCGAAAGAGGAAAGGAAGGAAGAAGAGCAUGAACCAGAAAGGAGACACUUUGGGUCAGGCAGAAGCCAAGCGCAAAAUGUGGAAGUUAAAGAGCUUUGGUAGCUUAAGAAACAUUAAUAAGACAGAGGAGGAGAACGCCGACUUCAUUAUCGUGUCCAGCUCGGGGCAGACCUGGCACUUUGAGGCCCAGAGUCUGGAGGAGAGGGAGGCCUGGGUGGCAGCCAUCGAGAGCCAGAUCCUGGCCAGUCUGCAGUCCUGUGAGAGUGGCAGGAACAAGGCCCAGAGGAGCAGCCAGAGCGAGGCGGUAGCCCUGCAGGCUAUCCGCAACGCCAAGGGGAACAACCUCUGUGUGGACUGUGAAGCGCCCAACCCCACCUGGGCCAGUCUCAAUCUGGGGGCGCUGAUCUGCAUCGAGUGUUCAGGGAUCCACCGUAACCUGGGGACCCACCUCUCCCGUGUCCGCUCGCUCGACCUGGACGACUGGCCCGGCGAGCUCACACAGGUCCUGGCUGCCAUCGGCAACAACAUGGCCAACAGCAUCUGGGAGAGCUGCACCCAGGGCAGGCAAAAGCCCACGCCAAACGCCACGAGAGAGGAGAGAGAGUCGUGGAUCAGGGCCAAAUAUGAACAGCGGGUGUUUGUGGCACCCCUGCCAGCCCCAGGUUCGGGCCUGGAGGAAGAUAGCGUACCAGAAAGGCUGCUCUCCGCAGUGACUGAGAGGGACCUGCCCAGGCUCCUCCUGCUCCUUGCACACAGCAGCAAGGAGCAGAUAAACCUCCAGCCCACCGGGGGGCCCUCCACGUCCCGCGCGGCCCUGCACGCUGCCUGCCACCUGGGGGACGUGGUCAUGACUCAGCUGCUGGUCUGGUAUGGGAGUGAUGUGACAGCCAGGGACCCACAAGGUCAGACAGCAUUGGCUCUGGCCAGAAAGACUGGGAGUAAAGAAUGUGCUGACAUUCUGCUGCAACACGGCUGUCCCAACGAAGUGUCCCCGACCACUGCCACCCCCGGUCUGUCCCGCAGAUCAAGCACUGCCAGUCUGGGGCGGACCAACUCCAGGAGAAAAUUCUCCUAGCUCUGAGGGGGGAUUGCUGUGGUAGCACACAAGGGCUGGAUGCACAGGGGGAAACAAUAAGAUCAUUUCAGUCCAUGGAUGAACUUGUGUCUGUGGGUGAGGCUAAUAAGCAAACAAUAAGGAGAAUACAGACUGUACAACAUAUCAACAAUCAAAAAGCAAUGUUGAAUAUUUACGCAAAAUGUUGCUGACGUCAUUGUUUGUUGAACCUCAUUUCAGGUUUCUUCAUGAUUGGCCUAAUAGACGUUUUUCUGUCAAGGAACAUUUCAGAUAGAUGAACUGCCACAUGACUUUAGCUUUCUGUUUCACUCCUUCUAAAGAAGUGCAAUACUCAGUCAUUCCUUUAGAUAGCUAAAGAUUAAUUAACAUUUUAAAAGACCUCUGAAAGGGAUGAGGGACAGUGAGUUGUGAAUAAACAGUCAGGCCAGUAAGGAGACUGUAGCAAGAGAAUAAAGUACAUUGAGAGGAUAUAGCUUUUUGGUUGUUGUUUUGUAGUGACUGGGCCAAAAUGUUUAAACAUCUGUCUGUCAGUAACCAUGAGCUGUUUCUGUACUUUUAAACCAUAGCUCUGUAUUGAUUGUUUUGCAGUAACUACUACAAAUUCGACAUAGAAUAGAAAGUCGAAUAUCCCUUCAGAUGUCCCUAAUUGUAUUGAAUUCACUUGUAAUUAUACAAUAUCUUCUCCUAUACAUUAUUGUGUUCUACGUGUACUGCUGUCUAUGGACAUAAUAUUUGCCAUACAGGGUAAAACUCCAAAUGAAACAGUUUGUAAAGAAACAAUUUCUAGCUAAUUCUUUUUUAGCCAUUUUCUAGUUUUCCAAACAUCUGUGUUUUGAUUCAUGGUCCUGGUAUUUAUCAAAGACACAGAGCCUAUUACAUCUAUGCCCAUGGUGAUGGCACACCAUUAGGCAGCAGCUAAACAUUACUGGACUACUGUUAGUUAUUUUAUAGUGCCAAAUACAUGAAAGCAGCUGUAACAGUACCAUACUGCACACGAAGUCAAUAUGUUUGAGCAAAAUAAGCCUUUAAUAAGACAUUUUCAUGUUAAAGUGGUGUUUCAUUAUUACUUUGUAUCUGUAACGUCUAUCAAUCAAAGAAAUACUUAAAUUACCUGAAUAAAGGAACUUUUAUAUGUUGUC